GGAAGCCUUCACAGCAUCACUGACAAACUGGUCGCUUAACAGAGACCCCCCCUCCUCCUCGUCCUCCUCCUCCUCCGCGCAAACCUCCAUUGCGUGUCCAUGUGGACGCUGAUCCGCGUGACAGAUCGCCGCCUCUAAGCUUGCCCUCGGGUUCAGGGUUCGCCCCUCCUGGCCAGCGCCACUGUGAGAUGGGUGGAAGGAGGGGGCGGGAAGGUUAGUUUGAAGAGGGCAGAGCUUUUUUUUUUGCGAGAGGACGCCGUUUUCCCUGUUAUUUCACCGCUGGAGAAAAAAAAAUCCAAACCCAGCGGGCAAUAAGAGCGGAGGGAGAAAGCGUUCGGACCCAGCGUCAGAAGCUCAUUAACUCCGAGGAAAGCUCGUCGGGAGCGAGGAGAAGCGGCGGAAACGCAAGCCUUCCUGCAGCGGGGGUCUUCUGUUCAAGCGGACAUGGCUGCUCCACUUUGGAGGUCCAAACCACUGGACUUGGGCUUGUGGAUCUUCUUCCUGCUUCUUAACUUCCUUCCUCAAGCCAGGACGGUAGUUGGACACAGAGAGCCGUUACCCGAUGAUAGCAAAGACAACAUCACCAUUUUUACCCGAAUCCUAGACAGGCUGUUGGAUGGAUAUGACAACAGGUUACGUCCUGGACUGGGAGAGAGCGUGACAGAAGUAAAAACAAACAUCUACGUGACCAGUUUUGGCCCAGUGUCAGACACAGAUAUGGAGUACACCAUCGACGUCUUCUUCCGUCAGAGCUGGAGAGACGAGCGGCUCAAGUUCGACGGGCCCAUGCAAGUUUUGCCUCUGAACAACCUCCUGGCCAGCAAGAUCUGGACGCCCGACACCUUCUUCCACAACGGGAAGAAGUCCGUGGCCCAUAACAUGACCACUCCCAACAAGCUGCUGAGGCUCGUGGACAACGGCACGCUCCUCUACACCAUGAGGUUGACCAUUCAUGCUGAGUGCCCCAUGCACCUGGAGGAUUUCCCCAUGGAUGCACACGCCUGUCCUCUGAAGUUUGGAAGCUACGCGUACACCAACAAUGAGGUGAUCUACCUGUGGACGCAGGGAGACGAGAAGUCUGUGUCCGUGGCCGAGGACGGCUCCAGGCUCAACCAGUACGACUUACUGGGGCAUGUUAUUGGCAAAGAAACCAUCAGUUCCAGCACAGGAGAAUAUGUAGUGAUGACAACAUAUUUCCAUUUGAAAAGGAAAAUUGGCUAUUUUGUGAUUCAGACCUACCUGCCGUGCAUCAUGACUGUCAUACUGUCUCAGGUCUCCUUCUGGCUAAACAGGGAAUCGGUUCCUGCUCGCACUGUGUUCGGGGUCACCACAGUCCUAACCAUGACCACUCUGAGCAUCAGUGCUAGGAACUCGCUCCCUAAGGUGGCCUAUGCCACCGCCAUGGACUGGUUCAUGGCUGUGUGCUAUGCCUUUGUCUUCUCUGCCCUGAUUGAGUUUGCCACAGUCAACUACUUCACCAAGCGCAGCUGGGCAUGGGAUGGGAAAAGAGAGGGCAUGGAAAUAAGGGAACCGUUUCAGGCUAACAUGGCCAGGAUUAAAGAUAUGAGGAGGGAGUCGGCGACGCUGACGAAAAAGUCCAACAACACCUUCAACAUCGUCGGCACCACGUACGCCAUCAACGUGGGCAAGGACCCCGGCUUGACCACCAUUUCCAAGAGCGCCACCGGGGCGGCGCCCAAGCACCCCUACCUGCACAAAAUGGACGACCCCUACACGGAGGCCAAGAAGUCCUACAACCGCGUCAGCAAAGUGGACAAGAUAUCGCGCAUCAUCUUCCCAGUGCUGUUCUUCAUCUUUAACUUAGGCUACUGGGCCACGUACGUCAACAGGAAGCCCGCCAUCAUGAAGGCGAACAACCUAAACUGAAUCCGACCGAGACCUCCGCCCGGUUUAGGUCCGAGGGUAGACGGGUUCGUGGGAGGCGGGGCCCGGUCCAUCUAAUCGUGUGUGUAUGUGUGCGCGCGUGUUUUUGUGCGUCUGUCUUUUCUUAACGGUUUGUAACUUUGCACGUCUGUAUAGAUGGAAGGCGCGGUAGAUUCCCAUGUAGUGGAGAACCUUGGAGGGAGCACAUUCUCACGCCAGACCACCCCCACCCCACUCCUCACUCCGCUCUGGCCCUGUCCCUUUGGUCCCGAUCGCUUGCCAUUUUGUAGUCGACCCGUGUCCUCACCGCGCUCCCACGCGCCUGGCGCUUGGAGCGAGCAUGCCUUUCUUGAAGUUUCCAUUGUGGCUCAUUACCGAUGAUGAGGUUCCCGACGCAUCCGUGGAGUGAGCAUGCAUGCACGCGCACACGCAGACGAACGCCGUCCGCGGCGGGGUGAUAGUUCUAUAGGAACGCCAUUAAUAAUUGUCAGUGUCUGGCCUUCAGCUCGCACUGAAUCUCAACACGCCCAGCGCAGCAUCAUCUGGAAUUGCUUUCACGUCCCAUGGGGCUGUCUGUGCAUUUUCUAGUCCAGUGGCUCUUAUUGUUUUAACGGGCUGACUAUGUUCCAUGACAGAGAAGCUAUGUGCCUUGGUGACUACACGCGUAACGAGGAAAGGCUUUGAUGCGCUCCCACCUGCAUUUGCAACGCGUAUGCACUACACGCAGAUAUAUAUACUGGUGUCCACGCGCUGCAGUAAGUGGCCGCGCCCCACCCACCAGACCAAACCCAUCCACCCACCCGCCGCCUAUGGUCACCCAGUGUAAAAUUGCCCAUUAGUGUGGAAGGUUAACAGACCUCUGCCUGUGAAGAGACAAAGGGAGGAGAUGAAAGGACCCGGCGUAGUCCACAGUAAUCGUUGUGUGCAUUUCCUUUUUGGAGCACGGUGCACCAGUCAUAAACUAUCAUUACCUCAGACGAGAGGCCAGCGCUUCAUCCCAGUCGUUCUCGUUGUCUGGCUCCACGGUGAUUCUUCUGCAUCUCUGCCUCGUCACGAGUUCCAUCUGGAUUCACGUCGUACUUUUGCCCUUUUAUACGCGAUCGUGUAAAGUAUAUCGGUGUUGAUUUGCUCGUCUGCACACCCCGUGGUGUUGACCCCGCGGCCAGCGCUGUACGUCGCAGACCUACAGUAUUCACACGGCCGCUUUCCGAGACGCCGCCGUCGUCGCUGGAGACGAUUACGCCGCGACCUGCUCUCAGAUCGAUUGGAGAGGAGUCCAAUCGAUGGGUUUCCGAGUGGAGGCUCAAGCACGUCUCCAGCUCUGGCAACCGUCUCUACCGUUCUGUUUUCCGUUGGUGAUGCCUGUGUUUCUGUUACUACAUGUGUUGGAUCUAGUACAUGUUUAUACAGAUAUUACCAUGAAGCAUUUUCUGUUGCUUAUUCGCUGGAUGCUCUCUGGUUAUUUUUGCAUUACGUUAAUGACGGACCCUGUGAUAACCACUGUAUUUUAGUGGGCGUCCUCUGUAUCUCUGAUGGUCAUUGCAGGAGAAUGAGUGAACUGUCUUGUGAUCUCUCUCUGAGGACGUGUUAUUAACACGAAUCAUGUAACCAAUGUACCAGUCAUAGGUUAAUGCAUGACAAUCUGUACAUGUGUGUGUCUGCAACCUCCAAUAAUGGUGUAAUGGUGUUACACUGAAAUAGGGCUUAGAUUCAAUGUUCCCGUAGUUCAUCCCAGUGACUUAUCACACCUCUACUCAAAUUGUGCUUAUUAGCCAAUAAGUGAUGCUGAGCAGCGUAGUCACAUACACGUGAAGAGGUGGAAGUUAGGCUUCAUACAGGUUUAGACAUACACAACCACAUUGAGCCCAUUCAUGCAGGUUUAGUAACAGGAUUAUUCUGAUAUUUCACUGUCAUCACACAAAACAGGAACUAACACACAACAGAUCAGACACUCAGCAUUUAUUUGCAAUGAUGAUUCGAUCUACUUAUUUACUUAUCUAGCUACUCUUUUCUACUUAGUGUUACUUUAUAAGUCCAGCUUUUGCUCUUCCAGGAAGAUUAUCUGUAGAAAUUUCAGUAUUUGCAUCCAAUCAAAACAUGUGUCAACAGUGUUCAUCCUUAAGGACCACAGGGACAUAUUGCUCAUUUCUGCCAUUCAGAUGUUUAAACAGCAUAAAAAAGCUUCAAGAUUGUUAAAUUUAUCCGAUCUGUGACGAGAAAUGUUGUAUUAUCUGAUAUUUUCCAACACCAGGGUAACACAGACCAGAUUUACUGCCAACACAGUAUGGUUUUAAAAACAAAUCUGUACUUACUGGAUUGAUGCACCUUCAGUGUGAGGCAGCUUGUCUCCGUUUCAGACUCUGUCCUCGUCAUUUAGUCUCAGACUGAUUCAUGACACGUAGCUGCUGAGGGUGUUUAACGCCAGCACGGCGCUGAUGUUUAUGUAUGAUUCACCUGAGUAAUGGGCCGGAGCUACUUCAGAUAGAUACUGUAGAACAUGUGAAUCCUCCUGCCUCAAAGACACAAGAAGUCAUACCACAUGCCACCAACAUGUCCGCUCACAUUUAGCCAGCUGACAUCAUUAGUAUCUCGCAUGAUGUGCAAACCAAAGAUGCAUUUACAUAGUCAUUUCAUUCGUUAUGUCUGUUUGGUUGUGGACCCAGAAUAUAACAAAUGGCCAACAGAAUUUGAUUUAUUGAUGAAAUGCAUCAAUCAAUACAGACAUAUAACAUCAAAUUAGCAAUUAGCAUUGGAAUGACAAAAGGCUAUAUAAACAAAAUAUUUAUAGAUAAAUAAAAAAUGUGUUUUUUUAGAGUUAGGACAUUUUACCAGUAAAAUACUCUCAUAUUUUAGUUAUUAUACUAAAUGCAUUGCUUUGUGUGUCUGUGCAUCAGAUGAACACCUUGACCCAUUUUUCUGAUUGGUCCUAAUUGAAUUUCAAAUUUCUUGCUGAGUACAGUCAGCAGCAUUUUUUUUUAAAUACACAGAUCUUGUACGUCUAAGUAGCAAAAAAAGGGUAAAUCUCUCCUGAGCCACACAACUACGACCUCCGCUCUCUGCAGCCGCACUACAGCAGAGCCGCCGACAUCCUGAUCCGUAAUAGCCAUAGCAAAGAACACAUGCAACGAGGCAAACGGACGUAGCUGAGGGCGCAGUAAUAAAACUGUAUUCAACAGCACUCAGCUGGGUUGUUUCUCCUCAGAUUCGCUUAUGAUCGUGUUAUUCAUGUGCUAAAUCUAAUCCUCACAGGGCCAGAGGUAACGUCAGCAGAAAUAUAUUUCAUCCUAUAAGAUAAAGUAUAUUAGGAGUGUAUUACUAUGUGAGUAUAUUCAAUACAGCAUUAAAUAUUAUGUUUUCUAUUGCAUAACCUCUGCAGCAUUAAUACGACACUCUUGAUGGGUAGAAAACUGUAGACAAACAAUUAAACUUAACGAAUAUUAAAGUAAAUAGCAACAGCUCAGACUGCUCAGAAUAGUGCUACUCAGUUGUGAAUUUGUAGAUAUUGUGAAAUGAAUUCUAAUAGUUUUCUGUGAAUACUGAUAUGUCCCGUAUUUAAUUUUUACAUCGGAUAAGUACCGUCGUCUGACGUUAGGCUCUGUAACACUACGUGUUAUAGUAUUUUCAAGACGUAAAGUAAAGUAGAGGUAAUAUUCAUCCAGCUGCUUACAAGAUCAAUACCUUGUGUGCACUUUUCAAACCUAACUGUGAAUUAGCAGCUGUCUGCAAACAGAGUUGUACACACUGUGUUCUCUCUCCAGCAAUUACACUGCAUGUCCCUACACACUGAGCGAUCAAAGACUUCCUCCACAAAGACCGCUCCAGGACCGCACUGGACUUGUGUUUUUGUCAAGAAGUUGCUGUAUGUACCGCUCGGUGACUGGACUCUGUAUGUUGCCCUCUCUCGUUUCUGUGCUUACUGUUUGAGAUGUAGCAAAUGGAAAAUGGGGAUUAAAAGAACGUUUUAUUUUG